UGGUACUUUCUAUUACUGCUAUAAAUGUAUUGGUUCUAUUGGGUUUCGCGAUGGUACUUUGCCACUGUGUUGUUAAUGAUGGCCUCGAUGGUUUGGAUUGGCAGAGAGUCUCUGAUUUUAUGGAUGCACGGAGUUGCAGAGAUUUGAUUCUGUGCAGAUUGAGGUAUAAGUACUCAAGCAUAGAGCAUCUGAAUACUGGGACAAAUUCUUGUGGUUUGUAAUAUGGCCGGGGAAAAUGGUGUCCAUGGUGGUACACCUCAAGAGCAUGAGGAGACCACAUUAAAAAACCAAGUAGAAGGCACGAACGGGGACCAUCAAGGCUCAGACAAGAGCAAUGGAGAUGAGAAAAAUGAAAAAAUUCCAUUUUUCAAGCUAUUCUCAUUUGCAGAUAAGACUGAUUAUAUCUUGAUGCUCUUCGGCACAAUUGGUGCCAUUGGGAAUGGUUCAUGUAUGCCCCUCAUGACGAUAUUGUUUGGGGAGAUGAUUAAUUCUUUUGGAAAUAAUCAAAACAAUACAGAUAUAGUUAGUGUUGUUUCCAAGGUCUCUCUAAAAUUUGUCUAUUUGGCCAUCGGGGCAGCUGUGGCAGCAACUCUUCAGGUCGCUUGCUGGAUGGUAACAGGGGAAAGGCAAGCUGCAAGGAUAAGGGGUUUGUAUUUGAAAACAAUAUUGAGACAAGAUGUUGGUUUCUUUGAUAUGGAAACAAACACUGGAGAGGUCGUUGGGAGAAUGUCUGGCGACACUGUUCUCAUACAAGAUGCCAUGGGUGAGAAGGUUGGAAAAUUUGUACAGCUGCUUUCAACAUUCGUCGGAGGGUUUAUAAUAGCAUUCAUCAAAGGGUGGCUUCUUACCCUUGUCAUGUUGUCCUCUAUUCCUCUGCUUGUGGCAUCGGGUGCAGCUAUGUCCAUCAUUAUAACCAAGAUGGCAAGCCGUGGGCAAAGUGCUUAUGCAAAAGCAUCAAAUGUAGUUGAACAGACGAUAGGCUCCAUUAGAACUGUUGCAUCCUUUACCGGCGAGAAGCAAGCUAUAACAAGUUACAACAAAUAUCUUGGAGAUGCUUACAAAUCAGGUGUUCAUGAAGGUAUAGCUGCUGGAGUAGGUCUUGGCAUGGUUAUGCUAGUUGUGUUCAGUUCUUAUGCCUUGGCUGUAUGGUUUGGUUCAAGAAUGAUAAGGGACAAAGGAUAUUCCGGGGGUGAUGUGUUGAAUGUGAUUAUUGCUGUUUUGACUGGAUCCAUGUCUCUGGGGCAGGCAUCACCGUGCUUGAGUGCAUUUGCUGCUGGUCAAGCUGCAGCAUUUAAGAUGUUUGAGACUAUCAGUAGGAAGCCAGAGAUUGAUGCUUAUGACGAAAGAGGAAGGACAUUGGAUGACAUUCGUGGAGAUAUAGAGUUGAGAGAGGUUUAUUUCAGUUAUCCAGCCAGACCAGAAGAACAAAUAUUCAACGGGUUCUCCCUUUAUAUCCCUAGUGGCACCACCGCAGCUCUGGUUGGACAAAGUGGAAGUGGGAAGUCAACAGUCAUCAGUCUGAUAGAGAGAUUUUAUGAUCCACGAGCUGGUGAAGUUUUGAUAGAUGGUAUAAACCUAAAAGAAUUUCAGCUCAAAUGGAUUCGGAAUAAAAUUGGUCUUGUCAGCCAGGAACCUGUACUGUUUGCAUCAAGCAUUAAGGAAAAUAUUGCCUAUGGAAAGGAUGGUGCUACCCUUGAAGAGAUAAAAGCAGCAGCUGAACGUGCAAAUGCCGCUAAAUUUAUUGAUAAACUGCCUCAGGGGGUUGACACCAUGGUCGGUGAGCAUGGGACUCAGCUGUCUGGUGGGCAGAAGCAGAGAAUUGCUAUAGCAAGAGCAAUUUUGAAAGAUCCACGAAUAUUACUUCUGGAUGAAGCUACAAGUGCACUUGAUGCAGAAUCUGAGAGGACAGUUCAAGAAGCAUUGGAUAGGAUUAUGGUGAACCGAACAACUGUUAUUGUUGCUCAUCGUUUGAGCACAGUGAGGAAUGCAGAUACGAUUGCUGUCAUUCAUAAAGGAAAGAUGGUUGAAAAAGGCUCACACUCAGAGUUGCUCAAGGAUCCUGAAGGAGCAUACUCUCAACUUAUACGCUUGCAAGAAAACAAUCGAUCAGAACAAACAGCAGAAUCUCAAAACAAAUCUGAAAUAACUACGGAAUCUUUUAGACAGUCGAGUCAAAGGAUGUCGUUAGUAAGAUCCAUAAGUCGGAACUCCUCUCUAGGAAAUAGCAGCCGCCACUCAUUUUCAGUCUCAUUUGGUUUACCCACAGGACUUGGUAGCAUGGGUAGUGUAAGGGACAAUACAAUGGCAGACCCAGAAGCCCCUGCCAAGGAAUUAGAGCAACCUCCAAAGAUCUCACUUCGCCGCCUUGCUGCCCUCAACAAGCCUGAGAUUCCAGUGCUUCUUAUUGGGACUGUAGCUGCAAUGGGCAAUGGUGUUAUACUUCCAAUUUUUGGUGUGCUUAUUUCCAGGGUAAUAAAGACUUUCUAUGAACCACCUCAUGAACAAAAGAAAGAUUCAGAGUUUUGGGCAUUAAUGUUUAUUACCCUUGGUUUGGCAUCAUUACUAGCGAUCCCAGGACGAGGAUAUUUCUUUUCUGUUGCUGGUAGUAAGUUAAUUGAACGUAUCAGGUUGAUGUGUUUUAAGAAAGUGGUUAACAUGGAGGUUGGGUGGUUUGAUGAGCCUGAGAACUCAAGUGGUGCCAUUGGUGCAAGGCUCUCAGCAGAUGCGGCAACAGUGCGAGCCCUAGUUGGAGAUGCACUAGCUCAAAUAGUUAAUAGCAUUGCGACCGCAAUUGCAGGUUUGGUCAUUGCUUUUGUUGCAUGUUGGCAGCUGGCAUUUAUUAUCCUCGCAUUGAUUCCUCUUAUUGGAGUUAAUGGAUAUGUUCAAGCAAAAUUCAUGAGAGGAUUCAGCGCAGAUGCAAAGAUGAUGUAUGAGGAAGCAAGCCAAGUUGCUAAUGACGCAGUUGGGAGCAUAAGAACAGUUGCUUCUUUCUGUGCUGAAGAAAAGGUAAUGGAACUAUACAGAAGGAAAUGUGAAGGUCCUACGGCGGCAGGAAAAAGACAAGGCUUGAUCAGUGGAUUAGGAUUUGGGAUAUCUUUCUUCUUCCUGUUUUGUGUCUAUGCAACCAGUUUCUAUGCAGGAGCUAAACUUGUUGAGGCUGGAAAAACGACAUUUGCUGACGUUUUCCAAGUUUUCUUUGCUUUGACCAUGGCAGCUACGGGAAUUUCUCAAUCAAGCUCCUUUGCCCCAGAUACUAACAAAGCCAGGAUUGCUGCUGCUUCCAUAUUUGCAAUAAUAGACCGCAAGUCAAAGAUAGACCCAAGUGACGAGUCAGGUGUGAAAUUGGAUAAUGUAAAGGGAGAGAUUGAGCUUCGCCAUGUAAGCUUUACAUAUGCAUCUAGGCCAGAUAUACAGAUUUUCCGAGACCUCAGUUUAACUAUUCAUUGUGGCAAGACAGUUGCCCUGGUUGGAGAAAGUGGGAGUGGAAAAUCCACAGUGGUAGCAUUGUUGCAAAGAUUUUAUAAUCCGGAUUCAGGUCAUAUCACACUUGAUGGAACUGAACUUGGGAAAUUUCAAUUGAAAUGGUUGAGGCAGCAGAUGGGGCUUGUGAGCCAAGAACCUGUUUUAUUUAAUGACACCAUCCGUGCCAACAUUGCUUAUGGAAAAGAUGGGGAAGCAACUGAGGCAGAAAUUAUAGCUGCAUCAGAGUUGGCCAAUGCCCACAAGUUCAUUAGUAGCUUACACCAGGGCUAUGACACCGUAGUAGGAGAACGUGGAGUGCAAUUGUCGGGGGGGCAGAAGCAACGUGUAGCCAUCGCACGUGCUAUCAUCAAGAGCCCUAAGGUAUUACUGUUGGAUGAAGCUACAAGUGCACUUGAUGCUGAAUCUGAGAGAGUAGUUCAAGACGCACUAGACAAAGUGAUGGUAAACCGGACCACGGUGGUGGUUGCCCAUCGACUAUCCACAAUCAAGAAUGCUGAUGUGAUUGCAGUGGUUAAAAAUGGAGUUAUCGUAGAGAAAGGCAAGCAUGAUACUUUGAUUAACAUCACAGAGGGAUUUUAUGCAUCCUUGGUUGCUCUUCACAUUAGCGCUUCAACUUCAACUACAUGAGCCCCUUGCACACUUGUCUUUUCCUCUGUAAUGCUUUCGUCAAAACUGCCACCUUUUCUCACCAAAGACUAGAGAGAAAAUGGCAUUGCCAACACUCCCCCACCACCCUUUUCCAAUUAGGCAAAUAGUUAUGUUUCUUCUUUCUGGUUUGUGUGUAUUAAUUUUUUGUGGUGUAAUCAAUGUAUUUAAUAUAUCUUCUAGUAGAUGAAUAAGUAGUAGGAAGACUAAAACUGC